AUAGUUAAUGGGUUUGCCAUACAUUUGGGCACAGACACUCCAAUUGUGGUUUCUAGACCCUGUCAUUUGCAAACAUAAACCUACGUAGCCCUUUAGCUCGCAGAAAAGGAAAAGGAUUAAAAUAUCCUUGGAGAGAUGUUAGCGGUGUGGCUGUUUGAACCAAAGCUCCAACGAGUGUUUCUUUAAGUGCGUGCGGGGAGUUUUCCUGCACCGGGUGAUAGGAGGGGUUGGAGAGUGACGCUGGCUGCGCCUUGGUGCUGAGCGGAGCGCUCACCUGCAGAUGAGAGAGCCGGGGAAACUCGGGGCAGAGCUGCAGCACACUCACGGAGCGCAAGGAGGGACCUAACGAACAGUCUGGCCAGGAAGGCGCGGGGGGGAGGGAAAUUAAACAAUUUCUGGAGAAGAUUUACGAAUUCGACCCUCUUUCUGGUUCCUCGUCCAGGCAGCCCUGACGCGCUUUGCUCGCCACGAUGAGAACUGACUUCGCUCUGGUCCUGACAGCAGCCCUUCUUCUUGACACAUUCUGGAGGAAUAAUGGGGAGCAUGUUUCCAAAGGUCCCUGCCGACCUGGCUUCUCACAAAGCUUCUACUCUGUGCUGAUUUCAAGGGAUGUACUGCAAGGCCAGGGCAUACUUAAAGAUACCACAGUAUCAUCACAAAAAGUGAAGUUCGACAACUGCAUGGGUAACGAAGCGGUGGUUUUCCGGAGCAGCGACCCAGUCUUCAGCGUGCGGACAGAUGGGUCCAUCUUUGCCCAGGGAGAGGGAGCCAGCCUAGAUGAACCGGUUCAGUUUAAACUGACAGCAAGUGGUCCACACACACAUGUCUGGGAGACUGUGGUCCAACUGGCACUGAUUGACCCACCAUCACCUCAACAAAAUGAAAAUGAGGUCAUGAUGGAAGAUGGAAAAGUCGCUGAGGGAAAAGAGAGGAAGGACGUUUUCCAAGCACCGCCUCCUGUCAUCAUGUUCUCAGGGUCUGGCCUGAACAGCUCCAAGGGUCUACGGAGGCAGAAGAGGGACUGGGUGAUCCCACCAAUCAACGUGGCAGAAAAUUCUCGAGGACCGUUCCCUCAGAUGCUCGUCAGCAUUCGUUCAGACCAGGACCAGGACAUCUCAAUCCGAUACAGCAUCACUGGGGUGGGAGCGGAUCAACCUCCUAAUGAGGUGUUCAAUAUCGACCCUGUGCUUGGAAAGAUGUUCGUCACAAAACCUCUUGAUCGAGAACAUCGCUCCUCAUACCAUUUGCGUGCCCAUGCCGUGGACAUGAAUGGGAACCAGGUGGAGAACCCCAUCGAUCUAUACAUCUUCGUCAUCGACAUGAAUGACAACAGGCCCGAGUUCAAAAACCAGGUCUACAAUGGCUCUGUGGAUGAAGGCUCCAAACCAGGAACAUAUGUGAUGCACCUGUCAGCGUUCGAUGCCGACGACAACACCACCGCUAAUGGAAUGGUGCGCUAUCGAAUCCUGUCCCAGACGCCGCACAGCCCCAUCCCUAACAUGUUCACCAUCAACAGCGAGACCGGCGACAUUGUGACGGUGGCACCUGGUCUUGAUCGAGAGAAAGUGUCCCAGUAUACCAUCAUCGUGCAAGCCACGGACAUGGAGGGCAACCUCAACUUCGGCCUAUCCAACACAGCCACCGCCAUCAUCACUGUCACGGACAUCAAUGACAAUCCUCCAAUGCUGACCUCCAGAACUUUUUCUGGUGAAGUCCCAGAGAACCGAGUGGAUGUUGUGGUGGCUAAUCUGACGGUGAUCGACGCUGACCAAGCUCAUUCGCCUAACUGGAACGCCAUCUAUCAGAUCAUCAGCGGAGACCAGUUCGGGCACUUCACCAUCCGCACUGACCCUGUCACCAAUGAUGGCAUGGUCACCGUAGUUAAGCCAGUAGACUUUGAGAUGAACCGUUCCUUCAUGCUGAAGGUGGCGGUGUCCAACCAGGCCCACCUGGCCAGUGGCAUCCAGUCUUCACUACAGUCCACAGCUGACGUCACCAUAUCUGUCCAGGACGUCAAUGAGCCCCCUUACUUCCCCACAAACCCAAAACACAUCCGCUUUGAGGAGGGAGUCCCUGCCGGCACCAGCCUGACGACCUUCUCCGCCUCAGAUCCCGACCGACUGCAUAUGCAGUCAAUCAGGUAUUCAAAGCUGAACGACCCUGCUGACUGGUUGUCCAUCAACAGAACCAACGGUCAGAUUGUAACCACAGGCAUGCUUGACCGAGAGUCCAUCUAUGUCAAAAACAACAUAUAUGAGGCCACAUUCCUGGCAACAGACAAUGGCUCUCCUGCAGCCAGCGGCACAGGCACGUUGCAGAUCUAUCUGAUAGAUAUUAAUGACAACCCGCCGGCGCUCAUACCCAAGGAGUCUCAGAUCUGUGAGAGGAUGAACAAGAACGUCAACGGUGUCAACAUCACUGCCGCUGAUGCCGACACGGACCCCAACGCUGGACCCUUUGUCUUCGAGCUCCCCAACUUCCCCACCAGCAUCCGACGCAACUGGACUAUUUCUCGGAUCAGUGGCGACUAUGCCCGUCUGGGUUUGCGGUACCAGGUAUAUUUGGAGCCAGGCGUGUACGAGGUCCCUAUAAUCGUGUCAGACUCGGGGAACCCUCCAUUGUCCAACAGGUCGGUUAUCAAAGUAAAGGUGUGUCCCUGCGACGAAAAUGGAGACUGCACCACUCUCGGGGCCGUGGCAGCCGCUGGCCUGGGAACCGGAGCCAUCAUCUCCAUCCUGAUCUGCGUCAUCAUACUGCUCAGCAUGGUGCUGUUGUUUGUGGUGUGGAUCAAGCGCAGAGAGAAGGAGAGGCAAACAAAGCAGCUGCUCAUUGACCCUGAAGAUGAUGUCAGAGACAACAUCCUCAAAUAUGACGAAGAGGGAGGAGGAGAGGAGGACCAGGACUAUGACCUGAGCCAGCUGCAGCAGCCCGACUCCUUGGAGCACAUCAUCAGCAAGCCCCCUGGUGUCCGCAGGGUGGAUGAGCGUCCCAUCAUCCCCGAGUCCCAGUACCCAAUUAGACCUGUUGUGCCCCAUCCUGGAGACAUCGGGGACUUCAUCCACGAGGGUCUGCGAGCAGCAGACAAUGACCCCACUGCUCCUCCUUAUGACUCCCUGCUGGUGUUUGACUAUGAGGGCAGCGGCUCCACCGCUGGCUCUGUCAGCUCGCUUAACUCCUCCAGCACGGGGGACCAGGACUAUGACUACCUCAACGACUGGGGCCCACGCUUCAAGAAGCUGGCCGACAUGUACGGAGGAGGGGAUGAUGAUUAAAUCUGCCCAGUCACACAUGCACACACACACACACACCCUCGUCCUGUCAGCUGGCCUGCCAUGCUCUGUCCCCCUAACAUUUGGGGCUGUUACACCCUUACUGAACACACGUUAACAACGACUUGUUCACACUGACCUACUGACUGACCAACCAACCAAUCAAAAUUACCCACCACAGAGGACCGGUGCCGUGAGUCAGUUUCGGGUGCUCUUCUCAACCGUCACCUGCUCUAAGCCUGUCUUAGACUGAAACGGAAGCUCUGAAUUGCAGGCUUGUCAUAGUUUGUAUUUUCAAAUUCUUGUGCUUUUGUUUCAGUUUAGGUUUUAUGCUAGAUGUGGGUUUUAGUAACUUUUGUCUGACUUUGUUUCUCCUUCAGUUUUUGCAGCUUUUUUUGUCCUCACUCCCUUUCGAUUCGAGACGAUUCCUAAGGGUUUUCACUUUUCCCUUGCUGUCAGCCCCUGCCUGCCUCUCUGUAGGAGCUUUAGGUUGAGCUGCUUGCUUUGUCUGAGGGGAACAAAAGGAAAAAAAAUGAACACAGAUAUGAAAGUCCUUCCUUGUAUGGAAGGCCCUGGUUUAUUCUUUCUUGAACUUGAAUUACUUAGAACAGAAGCACUGUUGUUUAAAAAGUGCCUUCAGUGGUGCGUAUUUUAGCAGACUCCCGCUAACUCAGGAUUGGUUGCCAUUUUCUGGGCUUACAUGGCCCCCGUAUGACCCCUGACCCUUUAACUCAGACCUUCCCCUUCUUAUUUCUGUCGUCCUGCAGGGCUAUGGUAGCUGCGGGAGGUGUCAGUGCUGGUUUCAGAGGAGCAUUGACUUUGGCUUACGAGGGCGCUUUAUGUAGACGUACUGUACAUAGGCUUACAGUUUGUCUGUAAGUUAUGGACAAAUCAUUAACUUUUCAAGUCAGGCAUAUCUGUGCUCCUAGAUCACAGCCAACUUGAAUGUGGUUAUUGAGAAUCACAAAAAUACAUUACGGGACUGUCUUAGAGAAGAAAUGCAUUGCGUGUCUUUGUUUGUUGUGGCUUCAAUAGCAGCUGUGUUUGUUUUGAGCUCUCAGUAUUUGCACCUAAAACUUGAUAAGGCUUGUUACUAAAUUUUGAAGAUUGACAAGUCAAGUGUGUUACCUCUAUAAUGUUACUGUGUAUGAAGUACAUAUGAGGGUUAUUUAAGGAGACUUCGCCUUUAAGAUAAUUUAAGGUUUGCAUGUUUAUCCCUCCGCCCAAAGGUUAUUAACAUGGCACCAGUUAUUGUGUGGUAAAUGUGUCAAAGAAAACUAUAUAAACUGUACAAACAUGAGGGAAGAGAAAAUACUAGAUGACUUCAAAUAGGUCUGAUAGCGUUACAUACAGAGUGGUGAGCUUGUCUGGGCCACAUUCUGAGCCCCCAGUCUCUCUUCGCCCCCAACCCCCCACCUUUUUUUUCUUCCUUUUUACAUUCUUGUUGUUGAUUCAGUGUUUUUUUUUCUCGACAAACUUUUUAAUAUACAAAACUUUGGUGCUGGUCCCUGUCACAGAAACUGGGAGGAACUGAGCCUCAGCCAGGGAUUUAGCGCCUUCGCAAUCUGUCUCUCUUCAGGCAGCAUUUCAUUCAUCUGAAAUUUUCUCCUGAAAUUUUUGGCUGCAAGUUCAAGAGGUUUUGAAAAGAGAAGCUAGAGGAAGGGAAAGUCUGUUAUGAAGUUCUGCGCUUUAUCAAAGCAGACUUGCAAAACUAAAGCUUCAGUAAUAGCGCUUUAAAAAGACAGACAUUUUGAAAGACAGUUGUGUUGUGACUUAAUGAAAAAGCAGCACCACCCAUGGGCUUUUGUAAUCAUAUUUCAGCACCCCAGAAUUGCAUAUACAUAAAAAACUGGGGGAGAAAGAGCUUUAGCCUUUGUAUUAAAUUAUUUAAAUAUGCAAAACAUUUUGCAGAGGGACCAGGGAGAUGCUGGUGAAUGAUAGAAAGGUUUAAUCAUUCCUUAUCUUCUGAGUGCCCAUUGAAAUGCUCCUCUGUGGUCGCCUGUUUCAACUUGAUGUGGAUUGACCAGCUCUUCUAUUAAUUAUGAAUACGAUGAAUGCUUGGAGGAAAUCUCCCUAACGACAGUGUUCUUCAGAUGGUGUGAUGAGAGGGAUUCUCCGCUCGUAUUCCUUUGUAUCCUGCUGCUUUUCAACUGUUCCUCACCUGCUAACGGUUCAUUUAAGCAAUCUUUAGUUUUUCCCAAAUGGUCAUAAAAAUGGUAGAAUGAGCCUGCUGUGAGAAAAAGUAGCUUAACUACCAUUUCACAGUGGACAGAAAAUAAUUGACAAGAGAUAAAUGGAAAAUAUUACCAGUUAAUGCAAAUAUUCAUCAUGCCAUUAAAAAGAAAUAAGGGUGAGAGUGUGAUUUGACUAUAAACAAGGGAAGGAAGGUCAAAGUAUGAUUAAUAAGGUUAACAGGGUAGGGAUCUCUUCAUUUAGAUUCGUAGAUAAAUGGGUGUAAAUUGCACCUUGCAGUACAGAAACUGACAGCAGUGAUUUUCAGGAAAGCUGUCAGCUGAGAGCAGGAACAGUAGACAUGAGAAAAGGAGUGGUUCCCACAGCCUGCUACUGGAUAAGCUCUUAUCUAUCCGUUUGCUCCUCAGCGUAUAGAAUUAUCUUCACAAAAUAAACACAGCUGUUACUUUCUGCUUUUUGUGAUUAUUUCUGACAUAUAAAUGUUGUACAUACGGGACAUUUUUAUACAAUUGGUGAAAUGAUUUAUCUGUUUCUGUGUAGUCCUUUCCAUUUUCUUUCGCUCUAGUUUUGUUUCAAAUAAAAACUUGGCAAGGUAUAUCUCACCACCAAGAAGCCAUGUGCAUUUAAGAGAAUCUAUACGAUUCUAAACGAGCUUACAGCCAUACUCGUGUCGCUGUUCAAAUUAAUCAUGGUGAAGAGGUUCCAUUUCAAAGCAACCUGUACAGUCUAUACUAGCACACACUCACUCCCCUUAGGCCUUAUUGUAUAUAUGUGAGUGUUCUAUUAUAUAACCCCUUCAACAUUGUUCUAAUUCAGCUGCAGAGCUCCAACAUUAGUGAAGGCUGUCUGGCAUUCACAGGAUAAAGACAUGCUUCAUGAAAUGCUCUUUUAUCAGACCACACACACACACAUACACACAAACACUUACUUAACACAAGGUAACUGAUUACCUUUAUAACCGUGUCAUACUUACAUACAUGACACAACGCCAUUAUGAUGCUGAAUGUUAUCAAUGACAUGCAAUGACACAAGGCAGCAAAUCAUCAGCGGAGUCAAACUUGACCCCCAUUUAAAUGCAAUUUGUGAGGGGAAAUGAAGGAAGAUUGAUCAUUACUUGUUACAUACUUGGUCCACUUGUCUUAUUGAUGUUCCCUUGCUAAAAUGAAGGGAGAAUUAGCGAAUGAGAAUGAAGGGAAGAACUAUCGCACUGUUGGUUAUAGUCCAUCCCUGUCUUCUGGCUGUGUCAACGACGGCUCCUCUGCCUCUCUGACUGGUGUUAGUUAAAGGACAUUUGGUCUCACUCUGGACACUGCCUGACCAUGGACACACACAUGACGGGAGGCUCCAGCAGAAGCCAGACUUUUGUCCUGCUUUGGCCAGAAUUAAAAAGACAGGCAGCAGUGUUUCAUAAGUUCCCCCAAUACUGCUCAAGUCCAAGUGUACAUAAUGUAGUAUUUGCUUGAAGCUAAACAGACUGAGUUAGGCAAACUGUAACUGUACAAUUGGAGCUUUUUGCAUGUGUCUUUUUAUAAUGGACAGAUGAGUUCUAUUACAGUAAUCAUACAACAUUUUAAAAUGUGUCGCAGCCCGCAUGACCGAGGUUGCAGUCCAGAAGGGAUUCUGGUGUACCAUACUCACAUAGUUUCAAAUGGAGGAGAAAAAAAAGCUGAAAAAAUAAUUGCACAGUUAUCAAGUCAAAAGACUUCUUUUGUAAAUUGUCAACAGCACAAAUAUUUUGUAUUGUUGUUUGUACCAUUUUGUAAGAAAAUGAAGAAAAAAAAACAAACAAACAAAAAAAAAUGGAAAGAGUCUGUUGUUUCAAGCGUGUGUUUAUAGUGCCACUGCAAUCUUGGUUUCCAAAUACCGUACAGUACAUGCGCAGCCUUGCAGAUCAACCUUGUAAUAUAGACGCUGAGCUGGAGACUCCCUGUCAGCACCAUGUGUUAUAAAUAAAAUUUCCCCUCCUUAUAAGAAAA